UGAAUAUAACUUCGUCUUUCAAAUGUUUUUUUUUAAAUGUAGUGAGCUCCAAUUUCCUCAAAAUCUCGAUGAAUUGAAGAACCUGGCAAAGUUAUUACGGGACUAUCAGCAGCAGAAGCCAUUUUAUGUUCUUCUGCUAUUUUGCAGUGCUUAUCUUUACAAGCAAACAUUUGCUAUACCUGGAUCUGUUUUCAUGAACCUGCUGGCAGGUGCUUUAUACGGUCUCAAGUAUGGUCUACCCUGUGUCUGUAUCAUGACAGCAACUGGUGCUUCGUGUUGUUUUCUGCUAUCAAAAUACUUUGGGAGACCUGUGCUGCUCCACUACUUUCCGCAGAAACUUCAACGCUUACAGAACAAGAUUAAAGAAAAUAGCGACAAUCUUUUUGGAUUUCUACUCUUCCUCCGUUUCUUUCCAAUGAGUCCCAACUGGUUCCUCAACAUGGCAUCUCCUGUCCUGGAUAUUCCAUUAAAAUUAUUCUUCCCUUCUGUUUUCAUUGGUUUGCUGCCAUAUAACUAUAUUUGUGUUCAGACUGGAUGUCUGUUAAGCGAACUUAGUUCCUUAGAUGAACUACUGACAAUGAAUGCUGUAGUUAAGCUCAUUGGCAUUGCCACUGUUUCUCUAGUACCAGGCAUGAUUAUAAAAAGAAUGAAUAACAAUAGAACUCAUAAUAAAAAAGAAAAAUGAAAGAGAAAAUUGCUG